UCAUACCACACGACCCAUUCAAUCCUCCCCGCCUCUCCCCAAAACCCUACCGCCUCGACACCGCCGCCGCCAUGUCCUCGUCGUCAUCUCCGGUGAGUCGCCGGCCAUCUGGUCCGCUAGCGCUGGGGUUGGAAUCCUCGGCCAACAAGAUCGGCAUCGGCGUCGUAUCCAUCUCCGGCGAAAUCCUCUCCAACCCGCGCCACACCUACAUCACCCCGCCGGGCCACGGCUUCCUGCCCCGGGAGACUGCGCAACACCACCUCGUCCACUUCCUCCCGCUCCUCCGCGCCGCGCUCUCCGAGGCCGGGGUCUCCCCUGCCGACCUUGCCUGUAUCUGCUACACCAUGGGUCCCGGCAUGGGCGGGCCGCUUCAGGUGGCCGCCGCAUCUGCCCGAGUUCUGUCGCUCCUCUGGGGGAAACCGCUCGUCGCCGUUAACCACUGCGUGGCGCACAUCGAGAUGGGCCGAGUGGUCACCGGCGCCGUGGACCCCGUCGUGCUCUACGUCUCAGGCGGCAACACGCAGGUUAUUGCGUACAGCGAAGGGCGGUACAGGAUCUUCGGAGAAACCAUCGAUAUUGCCGUGGGGAACUGCCUCGACCGUUUCGCAAGGAUCCUUGAGCUCUCAAAUGACCCGAGCCCCGGGUAUAACAUUGAACAGCUUGCAAAGAAGGGAGAGAAGUUCAUUGACCUCCCUUAUGUUGUAAAGGGAAUGGACGUGUCAUUUAGUGGUAUAUUGAGCUACAUUGAAGCUGCAGCGAUUGAGAAGCUUAAAAGUAACGAGUGCACACCUGCAGACCUAUGCUACUCAUUGCAGGAAACUCUCUUUGCUAUGCUUGUUGAAAUCACUGAACGUGCCAUGGCACAUUGUGAUUCGAAUGAUGUUCUUAUUGUUGGUGGGGUCGGAUGCAAUGAACGUUUGCAAGAGAUGAUGAGGAUUAUGUGCUCAGAGAGAGGGGGUAGGCUGUUUGCAACUGACGAUCGAUAUUGUAUUGACAAUGGGGCGAUGAUUGCAUACACUGGUUUACUGGCAUAUACACAUGGCGUGAGCACUCCACUGGAGGAGUCAACAUUUACUCAAAGGUUCCGAACUGAUGAAGUUCAUGCAAUUUGGAGGGAGAAGGAGAUGCCAGUGUUAAAUCACAUUCGUUCUGAUGCAAUGUCUGAAGUAUCCAUUGAUGAACCCUCUGUGCCAACUCCAAUUGCUGUAGAUUCAUGAGGUAUUGUAGACUGGCUAGCAUGGAUUGCCGGUGCCUUUGCUUGCUGAUUUUGAACGAAAGAUGGCAUUGGGAAAAAAGUCUACUUUGUUCGAUGAUAGAAGCCUUCAUAGCUCACUGCAGAGUGCCUUGUACUGUUGUGCGUGACACAAUGACUGACUGGAAGGCCUCAACAGUUGCAAAGCCAUAGGCUGAAAUUGACUAACAAUCUCGUAAGAUGGACCCGUUGUUAUUAGAUGGCAGUGAUCACCAUCUGGUUAGUUAGCCUUCCAAUCCCUUCUGUGUGAUUGUUGUAUUUGUUAUAAAAUAAACUUAUAGCUGGGAUAGAAGUCAUCGUGGUACAACAAUUCCCACUUUAAAAGCUGCUUUAUUCAUGGAUUGUUUCCAGAAACACAUGUAUAGAGAUCGUUAUUCGUGUACAAGGAAAUCUGCACAAGAGUUAAUAGGUAUCCCCAUGUACUUUAUGUCAGCUAUUGAUCAUUUCAUCGAUCCGUGUACAUUUUAGAA